CUUGCCUGUUCUAGAAUCUUUGCUCGCUAGCUUCCAACAUAAUCGACCAAAGCUUGGGAUGCGACCGGUGCUAAGUGAAAUAUGUCAGAUACAGUGCCUGUCGUUAUGAAGCUAACAGAUUUAAAGAAGCUCAAAGUAGUAGAACUGCGUGUCAAACUGAAGGAACGGGGUCUCGAUUCUAAAGGUUUGAAGUCCGAACUUGUGGCACGUCUUUGGUCUGCGAUCGAGCACCAAUCUAUUACAGAACAACAACUUCCCAGUGGUGGAGAUCAUGGCUCGUCCGUUACUGAAGAAAUUCAUGUGGACGUAGAGGAACAGUAUGGACACACAUCUGAGACAUUGCAAAAAGAUAUACAACCACGGGAAACAGUUGUCACGACUACUGUCUGUUCUGCAAAGGGAAGAGAUUUAACAAACCUAGAAACUCGAACCUAUUUAACAGAUUUAACGUCGAUUUGUGUUGAAGAAAGUCCUGCUGAAACAGGUAACGUUCCAGUUAAUGUAGAUUGCCAUGUGAGCUCUGAUCGUACAGUGAGUUUUGUCACACAACAAAUAACAUUUCAGCAGCUCGAAAUCGAAAAGUCAAGCCGCUCGAUCUCACCAGAUGGGUCACCCUGUCAUCUAACGACUUCCGAAGAGGUUUCCCACACAGCAGAAACAUGGGUACAUGACGCCACAGGACCUGCAGACCUCUGUCUUGUUGCUGGAGAAGAGGAUAAACCGAAGAUAUCAAACCCCUCAUAUAUUAUGCACACUAACACCAGUCGGGCAGAAGAUGAACAUUUACAGCAGUUGAAAAGUGUGGACACAACUUUAUGUGGACCCACAACACCACUGAAGAAUCAGGGAGAAAGUCAGAACAAAAGGCUACUGGAAGGCAUAAGGAACAGGGGCUACUAUGAGUUCAAAGAGGAGGUCCAGUAUAACAGAGCCAAGAACCCGGAGUCUUACACUGAGGUCAAUGAAGAUAAUAAAGUUGAUGACCAGCUAGUUGUGUUAGAUUCCUAUAACAGUGACCUGCAUUUUAGAGUUGGAGAGGAUGGAACGAGUGGGCAGCCCUUCUUUUGGGAGAAGUUUCCUCUCCUGUGGUCAGGAUGUAGACUGAGCCACGGUGUACAAUAUGGGAAGGUCAGCUUCGAGGUCAAGUAUAUGAAAAGGCUGGUGCCCUGUGGUCUGGAGAAGGGGAUGGACCCUGAACCCCAUGUCCUCAGGGUGGGCUGGUCCACAGACAACCCCAGUCUGCAGCUUGGUGAGACAGAGUUGUCUUAUGCGUUUGACAGCAGAGGCCGUACAGUGACACAGGGAAGAGAAAUGGACUUUGGAGAGACGUUUUCAGAGGGAGACGUCAUCAGCUGCUAUGCAUGGAUCAGUGACACAGAGGAAUCCGAGCUCUCCUUCUAUAAAAACGGCCUCUCCUUGGGUGUUGCUUUUCGACUGGAGCCCUCCCAACUGAAGGGCCACACCCUCUACCCUCAUGUUCUGUGCAAAAACUGCUCUGUGUCCCUGAACCUCGACCCCGUGGGUGCCCCCUGGUACUGUGGACCGGUUGGGUUUACCCCCCUCCCUGCCCUCCAACAUCACGAGAGAACUCGGGCUCCACAGCCUCCGGCAUCAAGGGAGGAGUGCGAGGUUGUGGUGAUGGUGGGCAUGCCAGGCUCAGGGAAGACCCGCUUGGCCCAGGCCAUCAUGGCUCAGCACCCAGACAAGCGCUACAGCCUGCUGAGCACAGACUCAGUCUUGGCCUGCAUGAGGGGAGCUGCCCAGAGGGAGGUGGUGCUUCAGCAGGCCACUCAGUGCCUUACACAGCUCAUCAGGGUGGCAGCUGGCAAGAGACGCAACUAUAUCCUGGAUCAGGCCAAUGUGUACCUAUCUGCUCGGCGACACAAGAUGCUGCUCUUCAGUGGUUUCCGGCGGCGGGCAGUAGUGGUGUUUCCAUCUGAUCAGGAGUGGAAGAGACGCCUUGCACAGCAGCAGAGGGAACAGUGCAAGCAAGUGCCUGAGGAAGCUCUUCUCAAGCUCAAAGUUACGUUCACACUGCCAGAGACUGGAGAUCUCCUGGAGGAGGUGUUAUUUGUGGAACUACCAAAAGAGGAGGCUCAGAGGGUCCUGACUAGGUACAAAGAGGAGGCACGGCAAGCCCUGCCAUCACCACCUAAACGCAAGAAACACAAACGCAACAGAGCUCCUCCACCCGAUUGGAAGCUGUGGAACACAUCCUACAAAAGGCACCCAGGGUGGAUGAACCCACCUCCACUUGCCCCACCACCCUACUGGGGUCCACCACCUGGACCGGAUGUGUAUGGCCAGCAGAGAUCCAGGAAUUACUACGGCUACCCUGCGGCACAGUGGAAUCCAUAUUAUGGAGGCCCGCCAGGAUAUUUUAGCGACCGAUACUACACAAACUGUGUUGGCCAAUGGUAUUAGUAAAAAUGAGUAAAUUCACCAUUUUAGUUACAACUGAAUCAGGGAUGCAUAGUCAACAGUAUGUAUAGUCAUGAAAUUACUGUAUUUUAGGU